AUGGUUUACAGAUACAGGGGAGUGACUGCUAAGACAGCGAACCAUACAAAAGGCUCAGCGAUUGGCAUUGCUAUAAUAUUACAUUCCUGUGUGUGUGUCAUUACUGAUCUGGGAUUCGGAGAGCCAGAAACAUUCUCUUUGCAGUGAGGACAACGCAAGAAUAUUUUCCACUUCUAGACAUGGGAUUUGGCUGCAUCCAGGUGUUUGUCCUAGGCCUGUUUACUGGGGCAGUUCUCGGGACAGCACCAGAGGAUGAGAGACCGCUGGUGGGCACGCAGUACGGAAAACUACGGGGGGUUACGGUGACCAUAAAAGAAACAUCUAGAACAGUGGAUGCAUUUUUUGGAAUCCCCUUUGCAAAGCCACCACUAAGAUUUGCAAGUCCGGAACCUCCAGUGCCCUGGGACUCUAUCAGAGAUGCCUCGGAAUACCCUCCAGUGUGUAUACAGCAGAAAGAUUCUAUAGAAGGAUGGAUAGCACAUUAUAAUACUCCAUUUCAGUUGCCCCGAGUUUCAGAAGACUGCCUGUACCUGAACGUCUUCACACCAAGCGACAGAGCCAGGAAUGCGCCACUGCCUGUGAUGGUCUUCAUACACGGCGGAGGAUUGGUGACCGGAUUAGCCAGCAUGUAUGAUGGGUCUGCGCUCAGCUCAUAUGAAGAUGUCGUAUUUGUGUCUAUACAGUACAGGCUGGGAAUCCUGGGCUUCUUCAGCACAGGGGACGGCCAAUUACACGGCAAUUAUGGACUACUCGACCAAGUUGCCGCCCUCCAGUGGAUACAGGAAAACAUUGCAGAUUUCGGAGGUGACCCCCAGUCUGUCACUAUAUUCGGUGAAUCAGCCGGUGGAGCAAGCGUCUCAGCUCAUGUGUUGUCGCCUCUGUCUAAGGGCCUGUUCCACAGAGCCAUCGCUGAGAGUGGGGUCAUGACCAUGUCUGCUUUAGUGGUCAGCAAGGAUGAAGACCUCAUUGUCUAUAGAAAUAUAGUGGCUCAUUUAUCAGGCUGUGACCCGGCCUCGGUGGCAGAGUGUCUGAAGAGGAAAUCAGAGCAGGAGAUUCUCUCCGUGACAGCACUAAUGGGAUUCCUGCCAUUGCCUGUUUGUGUGGACGGCGUCUUUUUACCCAAACCAGCAGAAGAGAUUUUGGCCGACAAGGAAAGCAAUAAGGUCCCAUUACUUCUCGGAGUGAACAACCAGGAGUUUGGCUGGAUACUGCCUCAGCUAUUGAAUGUGACGCUAAUAACAGAAGAAAUACACAGAGAAUUGCUGCCGUUGGCACUUGGAACUAUUCCUAUACUGGGUUUGGACGCCAGUGGCAUUCCUUUUGUUAUGGAUGAGUACUUUGGCGGCACAAAGGAUCCAUCUGAGCUCCGUGACCAGUUGAUUGACGCGUGCGGAGAUGUGUUAAUGGUUAUACCUGUGCUCAAGGCUGCAAAAUACCAUCGAGAUUCUGGCCUCCCCGUCUACUUUUAUGAAUUCCAGCACCGGUCGUCAAUGUUUCAGGACACGAAACCAGACUAUGUGAAAGCCGAUCACACGGACGAGCUCAUUUAUGUGAUGGGAGGUCCUUAUCUGAGGAACGGUGUGGUGUUCGCUGGCGACGCUACUGAUGAAGAAAAAGCCCUGAGCAGAACAAUUAUGAGAUACUGGGCAAACUUUGCCCGUAAUGGCGAUCCGAAUGGGCCGGGCCUGGCAGAAUGGCCGCUGUACAACAUAGAUGAAGAGUAUCUGGAAAUUAACAAGAAACAGAAAACAUCUAAGAGGCUAAAGGAGGACAAGUUUAAAUUCUGGACCGAGAUCCUUAAUGAGAAAAUCCGAGCACUGUCGGGGGAAAGAGGAGACCAUACAGAACUGUAAAUCUCUCCAUGAUCCUCAUCUAUCUGUAUUAUAAUAUGGAAUGCUUUUAAAGUGAAACUGUUAUCAUAACUCGUUCACUGCUAAGGAUGAGUGGGACUUGUCCUAAGCACUACAAGGAUUCAAAUAAUAUGGUAAACUAAGCUAAUAGCAGAGGAAACUAAACUUUUCCCUCUUAUAGUUGCUGUCGGUCAGAUCUGGUAGGGGAGGGACUUCAUGAUGUCAUUGCAUCAGGGAUGUGAUUACAUCACAUCUCCUCCAGAUCAUGAAAAGUCAUGAUCUGUAGGAAAGAGCAUUAGAAGUGAAAAGAAGUGAAAGAAGAGGGUCUCCUCUUUUACAGGCUGUGACUGCUGAGAUGUUAUUCUCGGGAGAUCACGUGUGAUAACCAGAGAACAUCCCUACACUGCAGAGAUCAUUAUGAAGUCCUGGGAUGGGGAAUUAUAGAGUCCAGAUUUUGCACAUUCUGACAUCAAUAAACGCGCAUUUGAUGCAGUAA